AUGAAGACGCUGGCUGUGACCUCACUCUCCACGGAUAAUUUGCAUUUUCAGGCCAACAAACGGAAGUUCAGGUGGGGAAAAGUUUGAUUUUCGAGGGUUUGAAGUGAAAUUCAUGAGUAAAAUAGGGAAAUUUUUGAUAAUUCCUGAAGCAGAUUUACAAAUCAUGGCCUAGAUAGACCUUGUUCUUUCAUAACCUAUAACUUUUCCAGUCUCUCCCGUUCAACUGAAUCUCUCAAAUCCGGAACUCUCAAGAAGCUGCCUCCUUUGAAGUUGAAGCAACCUAACGACAAAUCCGAAGCCGCCAAACCCCCACUGGAUCCGAAAAGUCGAUUUCGCUCAAUUACUCGUACAGUCUUCACUGGCCGCCAUCGAAGUUCGUCUGAUGACACCUCAAGUGACGAGGGAGAGCCAGUAUACGCGUUGAGAACCAGACAUCCGGCGAUUGGAGAGCUGGUCUUCCAGUUGAGGAGGUACAGCGACGCUUGGUUUAGGGUGAGUUUAGAAUUAGUUAGACGCAGAAAGAGUGCUUUGAAAGUGCCUGAAUUACUUGAAAUCUUUACAUCCUACAGUGACGGACCUGAUUCAGUUGGAAAAAACUUACCAUUUUGCAUCCGGGAAGCAUCAAAAAUGUGGCAAAAUGCUUCCCUCUCCAUGUGAAAAAAACUGAUUUCCAAGGCUCUUUUUGUGAGGGAAAGGGAGCGCCCUUCAUAGCGAAGUUUUUUCACUUGGAGCUGGAAGCAUUUUACCACAUUUUCGAUACCUCCCGGAUGCAAAAUAGUACUUUUUUUGCCAAUGGAUCAGGUCCACCACUGUCGCUUAUCAUUUGGAGAAAGCUGAAAACAUUUGCCAUGAUUUGCUGACAAUUGUCAUCUUCUGAAAGCAAUUGGCUUCUUCGGUUACAAUUAAAAUUCCACAAUUUUUAGAAAGUAGCGUCCGAAACGCCGGAAGUCUUCAUCGACUCCAGUAACUAUGCGUAUUUCCAAAGAAACGGACCCGGCCGCAGUUGAUGUGGAAGAUGCCUUGAAUCGGGCUCAACCCACAUUCAAUGUAAGUCCAAUAUAAUCAAUGCCAUUUAAAACAACCUCUCAAAGCAUUCCUCGUAAUUUCAGCCACAAGUCGGGUUCGAGCUGGAGAAGACAAUAUUUCUGGAGAAAGACAAACUCCUGUUGACUUCUGGUCGAUUUUUAUGUCAGCUGGAUCUUGCCAAUUGCGCUGAUGAACAAACUUUUAUUGAUAUGAAUGGGAGGGUGACUGCCGUGGCGUUGAAUGAAAACAACGACAUGUUGGUGGUCGUUGUGGACUUUCGGAGGGGAGCGACGCUGUUUAUCAAGUCGUUGAAGGACUUUCAUGUCACAAAAAAGGCAUUUAUUGUGGGGUAAGGCUUGAGUGAUUCCUUGGAUUUUUAUUUGUGAACCUUUACUUAUAUGAGGUCAUGGAAUAAAAAAGAAUUUUUAUAAAUUUUACACUUAUUACUGAAUUUUCAGCUUGGCCGCAAGUCAAGUUCUAAUCACUCCGGACAGUAAAAAAAUCGUUCUUCUGGAAGUUGACAACAACAUGUCAGUUGCCAGAAUUACCGCCUAUACCGUCGAAGACGGCAAAAUCUUUGCCGAAGUGAAGUGCGAGCUCAAGUCCAAGAGCAAAAAGUUUGAAGUCUCAUUAUGCCCAGCUGAUGAGGACGUUGUCUGCCUGCUGACCGAUCAAUGCGUAAAUUUAUAUCGGAUAAUCCCUGGGCAGCUGCUGAUUUUUUCCACGGUGCAGGUAAAGGGGUUUUAGGAAAUGAAGAUGGUAAUGUUUUCAGGCGGAGACCUUCAAUUGUCAUGCUUGGGCGGACGAUGUAACACUAGCGUUUGGAAGCUCACAAGGGAAGUUGUUACUGUAUCGAGAGAGUAUCGCGUUGGAAGCGAUUGACUUGGGGAAAAUGCAUGGAAAGUAAGAGCAUGUUUUUUUCCGAUCGAAGGAUUUUUAAUUCGAAAAUUCGGUCAAUGAAACUGCCAAAAAAUGAGACGUUUUUGGAAGCUGUGGAAGCUUUAUGUCGCUAGACAUUUCCCAUGUACCAAGAAUCGCCAGCGGACAAACAGGUUUCUCACAAUGAAUAGGCUUUGUUACAUACAGCGGGGGACAUGAUCCAGUGGCAAAAAACGUACCAUUUUGCAUUCGGGAAGCAUCAAAAAUGUGGCAAAAUGCUUCCUUCUCCAAGUGAAAAAACUUCGUUUUGAAGGGCGCGCCCUUUUUCCUCACAAAAAGAGCGGGCGCGCUUUUGAAAUCGGAGUUUUUUACUUGGAGAGGGAAGCAUUUUGCCACAUUUUUGACACUUCCAGGAUGCAAAAUGAUACGUUUUUUGCCACUGGAUCUGGUCCCCACUGCAAGUUAAUUUUGGCCUAAAAUCGGCCGAUGGGUCCAAGAAAUUGAUUACUUUUUAAAUAUCCCUGUAGUAAAGUUUGCUAUGUUGAAGACAUUAUUCAGAAAGUUCUUUACUAUGACUGACUCACUUUUAACAUAGCAUCUAAUCUCUUCUAGGCUAAUUUUGGACGCCCAAAAAGCCGACAAAGGCGCCGUAAUCAAAAUGGACUCCAGCGACGCCGGCCUAGUUGUUUGCGUCGAGAUCGGAGUCAUCUUCAUCUUCCCUCCUCGCUCUGACGACGAGAACUUUAAUCGGUGGACAAAUUCCCGCGCUAUUGUCGUCGAUUCCAUCUACACAAACUCCCCAUGUCUCCAGUGCAGCCUGGACUCAACUGGGCAGCAAUUGUUCUACGUGGACGCGGAAAGUUUGUGGUACUGCAAUGUGCAGUAUGUGGAGGCGGUGUGUCGGGAUGGAAUGCGACUUAUUUUGGCGCAACACUCCAAGCCUGUGAAAUCGAUUAGCAGUGAUUUUGAGGGCUCCAAAGAAGUGAUGACACUGGACGAAAGCGGACUUGUAAUUAUUACUAGUGGCCUUACAAAGUAAGAUUGCAUUGUUAAGAACAUGCCAUAACUAUUUUCGGUGUUGCCAAAGAUUCCAUGGCGUUUUUCAGAAAGUUAUUAGCCACUCAUUUGGAUCGCGAAAUUAUAAAUGGAGUGAUAUUGAAAGGAGGAAAUAAAGUCCUAAUUAUGACACCGUUGAAGCUUCAGGUUUAUUGGGUGUUAUGCAGAGCGCUGGUUGAAGAAAAGGUUGUGAUGGAGACCAAGGAAAGUCAUCGGUUCUUAGCGGUAAGUAUGAGAAAAAACGUUGAAGUUGAACUGUCAGUCAACCGGAAAAAAAUUAUACGAACGACCUUACCCAGAAUUUGACAAAAUGGGGCACCGGUUUUUAAUAGAUUACUGUAGAUCUUUGGGCCGCGAGAAGUGGGAUGCCAUAAAGGCAUCUAUUUAUAGAAGCAAUCUACUUUUCUUAUUAUUCCAUUAUGCCUUUCUUUCCGCCUAAAGAUUAACCUAUGGCUGUAAAAGAUUGAAAAUGACCGGAGCCCUUCUUUAAUCGUCAAUGAAAAUACUCUAAUCGGGAAUUACAAGAAAAAUAUUUAUUACCAAACAACACAUCAACAACUAUCUUUUCAGCUAUCCCAAAAUGCCAGAGCCACAAAACUGGCGGUCCUCACGACAGACACAAUGUAUGUCCUCGAUAUCUGCACUUUCCAGAAGACCUGUUAUGUGAUUGUUGGCUCAAAAGAAGUAAGUUUCCUUCGCUUCAAAAAACAACUCUAUCUCAUCGAACUGAACUCUCAAUUCAGCAAAUUUAUAUUUUUGUUUUGCAAUGUUAUAGUGAUGUUGCCCUCUCAUCGUAAAACCCUUUUCUUCCAAUUGUUUAUAAGGGCAUUCGGACUCUCUGGCUCUAAAAACUUUGCCAAGAGCUCAAAACUUGUUUUGUUUAUUCCAAUUUUGAUGCAAAGAAGAAUCCUAUGACUGAAAUUGCAAUUAAUGCCGUUUAAAUUAAAUUAUUCUUAAUUUGGCUGGCUGAAAAUCUGAUUUUUAGAAUGUUGUCGCCCUAAGAUGGUCAGCGGACGAUAAGACGAUUGCUUGUUUAUCCAACAGUGAUACGGUUUGCUUGAUCGAUGUUAUUGAAGGUAAGGGCUAUCGGGCUGUAGAUAGAAGACCCCAAACAAAUUCUUGAAGGUUUGAACAGCUUAUUUGAUUGAAAUUACUGAUUGUUAGGAAGCUAUAGACCGACUGGGAAUUAAAAACCAUUGUUUUGGUCGUAUCUUUGCGAUAUUUGCCAAUUUAUAUAAGCCUUGAAAGUCAGCUUUAUCAUGAUUAUUAUUUUUGCAUCGCUCGGAUAUAUCUUCCAAACUUCAUAGAGAAAAUCGGUGUCGAUUUCUGGCCAAUUUGCUCGAAAUCGGCAUUUCAGGGAUACAUUAAAAGAUUACCCGCUAUACAAUGUCAUUUUUACGACAAAUAUUUCUAGGACGUCUCCUCUGGACAAUUGACUUCAAACUCCGCUUUUUCGUCGAUCUCUCUUGCCGUGCCGAGACUGUCUAUGUAAUGGGAAACAAAUUCAUGAUGAGUCGACUGGAGAAUGGCAAAGAAUUGGAGUCGACCAAUGUUCAUCAAGAAGGCAUCUCGCUGAAAGCCUCAUCCACAUCACUAUUGAGCACUGACACAGUUCAUUUUGUCACCUCCAGUGGAGGUAAUGUAAAUAGAGUGAGUAUUGACGAUCCCGAUCAAACAUAUCUCAUAAACUGCCCGGAUAAGAAUGCGAUCACAACGUUGUUUCAUGAUCCAAAUGAAGAUCAAUUGUUUGUUGGAUUUGAAGACGGGAGAGUGGUUUGUUUCAAGGUGAUGACAGCCGAGGAAAAGGACAAUGAUCAGACGAUCUAUUCGAAUGACUAUGUUUUGUGCGCUGUGUCGAAACUUCAGCAGUAUGUAAGUGUUUUACCAUCAUUCCUCUUGCAGUUAGCCAUCAAAAUUUUAGGUUUUUAAUAUAGCUUUUAUAUUAUACUAUCCCUUUCCUUUCCAGGAGACAGAAAUCAAGAACCUCAAAGUUCAAUGCAAUCUGAUUCGAGCGCAAUCAGCUGGAGUCCUCGAUGAGUACAAACACACAAAAGAAGGAGAGAUUUUGGACCUCAAAACAGAGCUAGAAACAACGCUACAAGCAAUGAGGGAGAAGAUGAAGGUGCGAUCCGUUUACCUUUUAAUAAAAUGAGUUUUCAGCGAGCCGAAGAGAAAUACGAAGCGAUUGAAGCGAGUAAGGAGGAAUCAUUUGCCAGAAUGAAAAAAGAAAUGGACGAACAAGUGGAAACACAGAAGCAAUACUACGAAAAACUGGUCAGCGACCAAAUUAAGUAAGGUUUUUUACGGUUCUUACGUUUUUGUAAUCAAAAAAUUAUACUAUCCUGAAAAUAUACUAAAUUACCUAAUCCUUUCAGAUCUUCGUUAGAAAAAGACGAAUUUAAUCAGCAACGUCUGGAAGGCGUUGAAGAGGACUUUAAAGAAAAGUUAGCGGAGAUGAAAGGGACCUUCAAAGAAGAGGAAAAACGUUGGCAUAAGAUUGAAGCAGGUCUUCAGCAAGAUAUAAAACAUCUAAAACAUGAAAAACACAAGCUAGAGAAGACGGUUGAAGCGUUGAUGGUCAAGCGGAGUGAUGAGAAAAAGGCUUAUGAAAAGAGUUUGGCAAAGAUGAAGCAGAAAGCACAAGAUGAGAGCAAGGAAAAUGUCAAUCAAAUAAAACAGUUGAAGGCAGGUUGACUUUUACUUGACGAGCUCAUUUCUUUGUACAAUUAAAAAAAGUUCCAUUUUGCAUCCGGGAAGCAUCAAAAAUGUGGCAAAAUGCAUCCCUCUCCAAGUGAAAAAAUUUAGUUUUCAAACGCGCGCCCGCUCUUUUUGUAAGGUAAAGGGCCCUUCAAAACGAAGUUUUUUCACUUGGAGAGGGAAGCAUUUUGCCACAUUUUUGAUGCUUCCCGGAUACAAAAUGUUACGUUUUUUGCCACUGGAUCAGGUCCCUUACUGUACUAAAAAUACAUAAUAAUAAUACUAACCUUUUUCUUCCAGGCCUACCUACUCCGCGAAAAGGAGGCUCGAGAAAAGGCGGACAGCCAAACGGCGGACGUUCGAACGGAGUUGGCCAAUGUUCAAGAAGAGCUGGACAAAGCCAGAGAAGAGAUUGAUUCCAUGCUGAGAACGAUGAACGAAGAGAAUCAGCGGAAUUUGGAGUCAAUAAAAAAACUGGAGGAGCGCAACAAAGAGUUCGAAGUUUUGCGGCAAAAACAGCGGCUCAUAACCAGUGAAUUGGAUAAGGAGAGAACAUUGGUAUGUCUUGUUUAAAGAUCAUUAAAAAGGUCGUUGAAAAUCGACCUUUUUAUUGGUUCUUUUUCUUCAGUUUGACGCUUAAAUUUUCAGCGGCACGCCCAUCAACGCCGUCUGAAGCACUUUGAAAUGCUGAUCGACGAAAUGUCCGAGCAUAUCUAUGACUCUCGAAAGCUGGAACAGUCAGUUUUGGGGCUGCUGGCAUUCUUUAACUCUGUCCCAAAAAGUGGGCAAAUGCUGACAGCCGAACAAAUCGAUAACAUUGGGAAAACCCAGACCGCCAAGACCAGGAAAGUUGUUCAGCUGGGAACUUCAAGACACAAAGCUCAUUAA